GUCCGUUGAAAAGAGCUAGGUGGGGGGAAAACACGUCGAGCUCUGUCGGGUGAUCAGUGUGUGCUGGUACAUUUCAUUCAGCUCAGCCUGCAGAAGUUCACCUUGUAUACCAGCGGACAAAACGAAUGAGAUUUCAGCCCACUCGUGCACAGUGAGCGGACCGGAACCGGCAGCAGAUCUCUCUCAUCCCCUUUCUCUUGAGCAAGCUGAUAAGAAGACCCAGAUGGACAACAGGAAUACGUCGGAUGACAAGCCUGUUCAACGAUCUAAGUCUUUCAGUUUCAAGACCCAAAAGGAGACCUGUGCAUCAUGUGAGAAGACUGUGUAUCCGAUGGAGAGAUUGGUGGCCAACAAUCUCAUCUUUCACGCCACGUGCUUCUGCUGCAAGCACUGCAACACCAAACUUAGUCUGGGCUCUUACGCAGCUCUGCAGGGCGAGUUUUACUGCAAACCACACUUCCAGCAGCUCUUCAAGAGCAAAGGCAACUACGACGAGGGCUUCGGGCGCAAGCAGCACAAGGAGCUCUGGGCUUCCAAGGAUGCAGAGAGCAUCGGCAAGACGGCAUAAUCCGCAAUGAUUUCCAAAGCUCAUCUUUCACCUCCACUGGCCAAUCAUGAUUCUUCACACACAUUCACACUUACACAAGCAGUUGAGCCAGAUAUACCACACUCUGAUAGGGUUGAUCAACUUCCCUCUUUUGUUUUGUUUUCCCGCUCCCUGCUCAAUUUUAAUUUCUGUUUUAUUUUGCCUUGUUACAUUUCUUACAUUCAAUGUUUUUUUUUCGUCUAGUGUUGUGGAGUUAACAGUUAGUUGAUUGUGACCAAAAUCAUUGUGUCCCAUAUUGGUGGGAUGAUUCGCUUAUUAGGAUCCUGUUUGGCAGUGCUAGUAGUACCAGAUGGUUUCAAUUAUACACUCAGGUAACUAUUCUGGGGUGUCGCAUCAAUCUAUCUUUUAUGUACAUAGUCAAUUUUUAAGUGUUUUGUUUUUAUGAUUGUCUUGUUUGUUUGUCCUUCAUUUUAUUUGCAGCAAUCUGUACUGUACUUUUUUUUUUUAAAUAUUAUUAUUAUUAUGUAGUUUUCUUUGUUGGCGCAGGGUCUUUUAUCUGUGAAUCUACAGGGUACACUGUACUUUUAAAGAGCUCGCCUGAGUUUACAUACCCGACUUCACUUUAUUUUUCUUAAUUUAUCUUAAAAAGAUCUAACAAGAUCUACAAACCAAUCAAAUGAUGAGAUUCCUAUUUUUAAGCAUUUAUAUCUUUUAUAAAAUAUAAUUCUAAAUGCCAUAUUUGCUCAAGUAACACAGUUUAAUUCCUUAAUAACCACUUUGAGUUAAUUUUAUUAUAAAUUUAAGAUUAACUUGCUCACUGCAAUAAAUAGUUUUGCUCCGUAUUUUAGUCCUGUUUUAUAAACCGAAUAAUGUGUGUGAUCUGUCAUCUUGCUUUUUUCAAGUAAAUGUAUAUUGAUUUAAGCAAGUGUAGAUAUUUGUGCAGGAAAACAAGAUUAAAAUACGUUGUAAGAAACUUUUUGCAGUGUUAAAACGGUCUCGUGUCACAUUUUGUAGCGCCCUCUAGUGUUUUGGACGACAUUCCUUUUCUUUAUUUCUACCUAAUAUUGGUUAUUCUUUAAAUGCCAUCUAGUAAUCUAUCUAUGCUCAUAUCAAUCAAAUAUGCCUCAUGUCUUAUUUUAGUCAUAUUUUAUAUUAUCUAGCAGACUGCACAUCCUAUUGUUUUUUUUCUUCUUCUCAUAUUAUUGAAUGCUCAGUGAUUACUUGCAAAGGCAUUUGUACACAAGUACCACUAAGCAGAGUGAAUGUACUGUGACGCACUGUACUUAUGUCUUGCUGCAUGGGACCAAGCUUGUACGACAAAUUGAGAUAUUCACAGGGAACUAAGUCUCAGAGGAAAUGACAUUUUCUGAUGCUUUGCGCCAUUGCCUUUCCCCCUUCCACCACUUCCUGUCAUCGCAUAGUUUAUGGCAAUUUCCUGUGGGCUUCUCUGUGACAGGGUUUUGUGGGACUUUGAGUGCACGUUUUAAAAAGCGUGGCUCAAAAAGCAUUGCUCAGGAAUAUGGAUGGGUCACACUGAUCCAAAGUGCUCGUUGUUCAAAUCUGUUGUUCACUAAACCGUUUUCACACUUGAAAUUGUCUGGGUUCGAGCAGGAAGUACAUCAAAACCAACACUUCCAUCCCAGGUUUUAAAUGCACACGUCAGCUUAAAAACUGACUUUGCUUGUUGUGAAUUGUCACUGUGGCCAUAAGCUGUGACCUCUAGUUCAUGCGUUUGUGUACAAAACAUCAUCUUGCCAUCACGAAUGAAUGAAAUGCCUCUCUGUUUUAAUACUGUUGCUUUCGGUUUUAAAUGUAUAACAUGGUAAAGCUGUUCUGAAGUGUCUGUAAUUGUUAAAUGGCAUAAGGAACUGGUCUGUUUAUGUUUGGGUCGUUUUAGUGGCUUUUUUUUGUGUUUUGCAGUGGUCUCGUCUGCCUUUUUAGUGCAAUGGCCUUUUUGUUUAUACGUUUGAGGCGAUUCUUCAUUUCGACUCGCUAAGCCAUUGAAAAUCAUCCAAAUAAUUGAACAACUUGAAUGCCACAGAAGUCCCCGUGUAUGUAUAUAAGAUUACUGUGAAGUUGCGAGGAAUUGAUGAAAGCUCUUGGCAUGAUGCUAUUUUCAUAUUAAGCCUUAUUUUAGUUCUUUUUUUUUUAGUUUUGACUUCUUUUUCCCCAAAUCAUCAGCUUUUAAAAAUGUCAUAAUCUGCUUUCUCACCCUCUUAAACAUUAGCACCUGUAAAAGAUUUGGUCAUUUCUAUCAAAAAAUGCUUUUCUUUUUGCAACAAACUUUCCACAGACACAAAAAUCACUGUUUAUGUCAAUUGUAGGUUGUGUUUGCACGCAGUACGCCAAGGUACAAAUGACACAAUAUUCUGCAAAACUCUCACAGUCUUUUGUAAACAUCAUAACAAACCAGAAAAAGGUACGCUCUUAUUUGCUCUUCUCUGAUGGAUUUGUUGUUCUUGAAAUGUGCGGGUGUGUCUUUGUAAGUGUAUGGAUAUUUAAGGUUGCAAAAGAUUAUUUUUUAAAAGCUGUCGACUCCGUCUGCAUGCAUUGAGUGAGAGGAGAUCAAUGUACAGUUGUGUGUUAUUCUGCAUCUAAAACUUGAUCAGCAGAACAAGGUGGCCUUAAAGCAGAAAAAGGUCUUGGCUCUCAUUUCUUUUGUCCCUCAUCAGGUUUAUUUUCGUCUCAGUACUUUUAUCAGCCCUUCAGAUCAACUCCUACAAGAAUUUGUAAUAAAACGCCAAUUCUCUUACGUUCACUCCCCAAGUUUUUACAUUUUGUUUUUUCUCCUUGGUUAAAAUUCUCAUUUUUGUACAUGCUUUUGGAGAAAAUUUAAAUAAAUGACAUUGCUGGUGUUGAUCAACAAA